GCCCGCGCCGCUCGGCCCCUCGGCCGCAGUCCGAGCCGCGAGCUCUGGGCCGCUGGGCAGGGCGGCGGCGGCCGCUCGGGCUCUUGGACUCCAGCUGGGCAGCGCCCCGGGACCGAGUGAGCUGUGCAGGUCAAAAUAGAAGAACAAAAUGGAAAACAUGCUAUUUUGGUUGAUAUUUUUCACCCUUGGGUGGACCCUCACUGAUGGAUCGGAAAUGGAACAGGACUUUUCGUGGCACUUAAGCAAAAUACCCCGGCUUGUCAGUGAAAGGACCUUCCAUCUCACCAGCCCCACCUUUGAGGCAGAGGCUAAGAUGGUGCUAAAUGGAGCGUGUGGCAUUGAGUGCCAGAGAGAACUUCCAGCUCCCAGCCUCGCUGACCUGGAAGACUCUCUUUCCUACGAGACUGUCUUCGAGAACGGCACCCGCACCUUGACUAGAGUGAAAGUUGAAGAUCUGGUCCCUGAGCCAACUCAAAAUGCCACGGUGCAAGGAGCGCCGGCUCGGAGGAGGAGGCAGGUAUACGGCACAGACAGCAGGUUCAGCAUCUCGGACAGAAGGUUCCUGACCAGCUUCCCCUUCAGCACGGCCGUGAAGCUGUCCACGGGCUGCAGCGGCAUCCUCGUCUCCCCCAGGCACGUCCUCACGGCUGCGCACUGCGUGCACGACGGCAGGAGCUACCUCCGGGGCAGCAGGAGGCUGCGGGUGGGGCUGCUCAAGGGGAGGAGCAAAGGCGCAGGCAGGGGGCGCGGGGCCUCCGGGAGGGGCCGGCGGGGGGCGCGCGGCCGCGGCGGUGGCGAGGGCGCCGGAGGGGAGCCGGGGGCGAGCGCGGAGGUCGCGCGAGCAGGACGGGCGCCGGCCCGGGGUCGGAGGGUCGCCGAGGGGAGGCCCUCGUUCCAGUGGACCCGGGUCCGCCGCGCCCACCUGCCCAGGGGCUGGACCGCGGGCGGCGCUGCGGCCGCCGCCCUGGACUAUGACUACGCCCUCUUGGAGCUGAAGCGCGCCCACAGGAGGAGAUUCAUGGACCUCGGGGUGAGUCCGGCCUUCGGGAAGCUGCCCGGGGGCCGGAUCCACUUCUCGGGCUUCGACCGGGACCGGGCGGACCAGCUGGUGUACCGGUUCUGCAGCGUGUCCGACGAGUCCAGCGACCUCCUGUACCAGCACUGCGACGCCGAGCCGGGCUCCACCGGCUCCGGGGUCUACCUGCGCCUCCGCGAGCCCGGCGGCGACAACUGGCAGCGCAAGAUCAUCGCCGUCUACUCGGGCCACCAGCGGGUGGACGUGCGCGGCGCGCGCAGGGACUACAACGUGGCGGUGCGCAUCACGCCGCUCAAGUUCGCGCAGCUCUGCCGCUGGGCCCGCGGGCCCGACGCCAGCUGCUCCCGUGGCUGACCGCGCCGGCCCGGGGCCGAGGCCACAGCCCUGGGUAGGUUAUGCCUGGGCUCGCACCCCAUCCGUAGCAUUUUGACCUUCUUACACAUUUACUUAUUCAAAAUGAGAUUUUCAUACGUUUAAAAACCGUUGGAGUGCAGAUAGGAAACUAGAUGGGCACUUCAAUGCCAAUUAUAUAGUCUUUACAUGGUGAUAAGUUCCGUUUGUGGGAAAUUUUUUAUUUCUUUUUGUCUUCUUAAAAUUGGACAUUCUUUAAAACUUCAGACUGGUACUAUAAAUAAUACCUAAUUUCUUAAUGACUUAUUCUCAGGGUCCUACUCUAAGAAGAAUCAAAUAGGCUGCCAGUUGCAUUUUAAUGUGAAACUGCGUAUAUGGAGGUAGGCAAGAACACUACAGAGAGAGUAGUUUACGACCCAGUUUGUACUACUCAGACCCAUUCACCCAAUGCCCUCUGUUUAUAUUGUGUUUUCUCUUGGAUCUGAGAAGCUAGUUUUGGGGUUUUUUUUAAGAAUUAAAAGGAACAGCAAGCUUUGUAAACAAAACUAUCAAUGAUUUUGCUGCUUUAAUCAUUUUAAAAUGGGAGAAACACUUUUCUCGUGAAAUAAAUUCAGUUUAAAAAUGAGGAGACAGAAACUUUUUAAGAUCUCAAGUCCUAAUGUUCAAAACAUGGACUUAUCAUGUAUGCAUAGAGAAGACAAUUCAAAAGUUGUAAAUGACGGUGUACCUAAAGCCACAUCAUUUUUGCUAUCCAUUAUGUAUGACGUGGUAUAGUUUUAGGAAAAGGAAUUCUAGUCUUUUUCAACAGAGAGCUAUUUUACCCCUUGACAAAGUUCAAUUUCUUAAUAGGGACAUGGGCAUAUUAUUUUGUAUUCUUUUAUUAGUACAAAUGAAUAUAAUUUACAAAUGUAUUUUUUAAAAGAAAGUUCUGAUUAUUUUCAUUAGAGGGGAAGGCUGUGCAUUCACCUUGGCCAUCGUGGCAGCCUAAGCAGAGUCCACUGGCUACCCUGGCGCAAAACAGAGUAGAUACUCAGUACAUAUUUUUUGAAUGAACAGAUAUUUGCUGAAUGGCUGUAAAAGGGGGUUAGAUAAAGCCAUUGUAUUUAAAGGGUUUUAGUGAUUUGUAAUUGAAUGCACCAUAAAAUUCAGCAAAUGCCAGCCUAAGGUCUGCUCUUCCUGGCAGUUUCUGGGGCACACAUUCUCUUCUCUUAGGACACAUCAGAGUCACUGAUUCUGCUGGUGUUCAAAUUUAUUUUACUUAUUAUUAUUUUUAAGAAUGGGGAGUUAUACACUUGACAAGUAUGCAAAGGAAUAUUUGAUUAAGUUAUAAUAAAGGGUAAUUUUGUAAACUCCAAAAUAGCUGAAAUUCAAAAGAAGUAUACAUUCUUUUAUAGUGUGACUGUCAAAAAUCAAUAAAAUGAAAAAAUAAAUCAACUAUAACUUACUGUAUCUGCAGAUAUGUUUUAUAUCAAAUAUUAUCUGUGUUGUUUAAUUUUAAAAAUGAUUCUGUUUAAUUCUAAACACAUUUCACUGAGUAGUAUUUUAUCAUUGGUGCUGGUAGAAGAAGGCUGUUGACUCAGAAGUUUUGAUCGAAUCUUUUUUUGGGAAAUAUGUAUAUGACCACUGUAGCUGCGAGUGUUUCAGUGUGAAUUUUGCACACUUACUGCAAGCAUGCACAUAUAAUCUUAGAUUCUAAGAAGAUGAUUCCUGGGAUUUGAGUAAGUUCGGAGUAACUUAGGGUGUUGGGGUCAAUAGUUUGGAGCUUAAAGUUAAAUUAUGAAUAUAAAUGAUUUCCUUAAAAUCAUUGUACUUUUCAAAAACAUAAAAUUUAGUUCAUUUUAUUUGACGAGGUUUAUUUGACUCUCAUUUUCUUCUCUCUCCCAAAUGAAUCAUGAAUCUUAUAUGACCUAUUUUGGACGACUAAAAUGUACUGCAUUACUCAGAAAGUUUUACUUUAUAAAUUUUUUUGUUAUGCUUAUCAGAUUUGAAGUAAAUUAUUCACUUAGAUA